CGCACAACCAGCCAUCAGCAAUGGACCUCGAGACCGUGGUCGCGCUCCUCCGCAACGGCUUCUGCGUCGUCAAGUCCCUCGCGUCGCCCGAGCACUGGUCGAUGCAGCCGUACUAUGGCGAGAUCACCGCGCUCGAGUGCGCCAUCGCGCCGCUGCAGGCGGCGGCCGUGGUGUACAACCUCUCAUCGGCGCUUCCCUUCCUCGCUUCGGGCGCCGCGUCGUGGCUCGGCGCGCACGCCGCGCCGAGCGAGGCGCAGUGGGAGCAGGCCAUCCAGCUGGCGGCCAAGCGCGAGGACUCCGCCUCGGCGCUCGCGGUGCAGGUCGCUUGCGCGAAUCUCGCGGCCGAGUCUGCGACGGAGCGCACGACGGCGUGGAUGAUGGUGUCCAAGGUGGCCAUCGGCGCGGCGUUCGUGCUGCUCACGCUCUCGUCGCUCCACCAGCCCUACGACGCCCUGAUCAACUGGGCGCUGCUGCUGCUGCAGUUUGCGCUCCUCCACUGCCUCGCGGUGAUGGCCGACGGGGUGCGCGCGAGCCGGCAGCGCGCGGGCGACGCGUCGCGGCUCGCGGACUCGCUCGAGAGCAAGGGGGGCGACCCGCUCGACGCGCCCGCCGCGGUGCCCCUCCUCCUCGCCGCCACCCACGCCGCCCUCGGCCGCGGCGCCGCCGAGCUGCCCGCCUCGCCGUGGAGAGGGGCGGUGGCGGCGGCGGACCCGUUCGGCGUGGCGGCGGCGGGCGCGCACCUCAAGGCGCUCACGGCGGUCGAGGCCGAGCUCCGCGCCGCCCUCGCCGUCCUCCCCUCCAAGCGGCGGCCCGUCGCCGCCGAGCUGCGGCGCGCGGCGCGCGCGCAGUACGCGCAGGCGGCGGUGGACGCGGCGGUGCUCGCGCUCAACGCGGUCGCCUUCCUCGGGUACGGCGUCUUCCCGGUCACCUUCUUCUGCGCCGACCCGAGCCUCAAGCAGUGGGUCCCCGCCUGGCCCGGCGCCGACGCGGCGCAGUACUGGGGCAACCUGGCGGGCGACGCCGCGUGGACCGUCGAGCCGGCGCUGCUGAUGGCGGCGCCGCUGCUCCUGCCGGCGUCGGGCGCGGCGAGGGCCGCCGCGAAGGAGAAGGAUGCCUAGGCC